AUGUUUGCCCAGUCCAAUUUUGAUGAAGCCAAAUAUCUGACACUUGGGGUGGGGGCUGUUAAUGUGGCAUUCACCAUAGUAGCAUUCUUUUUGGUGGAGAGAGCAGGACGCAGGAAACUGUUGAUUGCUGGAUUUCUGUCACUAGCGCUCUGCAACCUACUUAUGACCAUCACAUAUUCCAUACUGGCCAUAGUUCCAGACAUCCGCAAUAUGCAGGUGUUGGUGAUUUUCUUCCUGAUCUCAGCUUAUGAAGUGGGGCCUGGGCCAAUCUCUUGGUUCAUUGCUGCUGAGCUUUUUGACCAGUCAGCCCGUCCCAUUGCUAUGGCCUUCACUAGCAUGCUUAACUGGGGAGGGAAGUUUUUACUAGCACUGCUCUUUCCACCUCUUCUGAAAAUGUGUGGGGCCUACGUCUACCUCCUCUUCAUGUGUAUGGCCUUGAUUGCCUUCACCUACACCAUGUUUCGUCUUCCUGAGACCAAGGGACGAACUUUUGAUGACAUUGCAGCUGAGUUUCGUGGGGCCGAGGGCAUUCCAUUACAUAACAAGACCACAUUUAACACAUUUACCUGA